UGCAGGGCUGUGACCUUCUAUGACAAGCCGGCAUCUUUCUUUAAAGAGGCACCUCUGGACCUGCAGCACCGGCUCUUCAUGAAGCUGGGUGGCACGCACUCUCCGUUCAGGGCCCGCUCAGAACCUGAGGAAUUAGCCACGGAGCAGUUGGCCUUCACGGAGCGGGAUGCUGGGAGCGGGCUGUUGACGCGUCUCCGCGAGCGGCCAGCCCUGCUGGUCAGCAGCACAAGCUGGACAGAGGAGGAAGACUUCUCUAUCCUGCUGACAGCUUUAGAAAAGUUUGAACAACUGACUCUUGAUGGACACAACCUUCCUUCUGUCGUCUGUGUGAUAACAGGCAAAGGGCCUCUGAGGGAGUAUUACAGCCACCUCAUCCACCAGAAGCAUUUCCAGCACAUCCAGGUCUGCACCCCCUGGCUAGAGGGCCGAGGACUACCCCCGCUUCUAGUGGGGUCGGUGGACCUGGGUGUCUGUUUGGACACGUCCUCCAGUGGCCUGGACCUGCCCAUGAAGCUGGUGGACAUGUUCGGGUGCUGUUUGCCUGCGUGUGCCGUGAACUUCAAGUGUUUACAUGAGCUGGUGAAACAUGAAGAAAAUGGCCUGGUCUUUGAGGACUCAGAGGAACUGGCAGCUCAGCUGCAGAUGCUUUUCUCAAACUUUCCUGAUCCUGCAGGCAAGCUAAACCAGUUCCGGAAGAACCUGCGUGAGUCGCAGUAGCUCUGAUGGGAUGAGAGCUGGGUGCAGACUGUGCUCCCUUUGGUUAUGGACACAUAACUCCUGGGCCAGAGGCUAAAACCCCAGGACCCCUGC